UUCGACCCUUACCUCAAAUCAAACCUCAAAGACAUUUAAGCAAAACUUAGCUAAGCAACAUCUUCCUCUGCUUUCCUUCAAUUCAAUUCACUUUCUCCGCCUUCCCAAACUUCAACAAGUGACCAAACAUGGCUCCUGACAUCAUCAACGUUGCCAUUGCCUCCAAGCCUAAUGCCAUCGUCACCACGAGGCCUGUGAACCCACCGUCCCGAGCCUAUGUCACGUUCCUUGCCGGGAAUGGGGACUACGUGAAGGGGGUGGUAGGGCUCAUGAAGGGCUUGAGGAAGGUGAGGAGCAAGUACCCGCUUGUGGUGGCAGUCCUCCCGGAUGUGCCCAAGGAGCACCGCAAGAUCUUGGUGGAUCAGGGGUGCGUUGUUCGAGAGAUCGAACCGGUUUACCUGCCUGAGAACCAGACCCAGUUUGCCAUGGCCUAUUAUGUCAUCAAUUACUCCAAGCUCCGAAUCUGGGAGUUUGUGGAGUAUGAAAAGAUGAUCUACCUAGACGGUGACAUCCAAGUUUAUGACAACAUCGACCACCUUUUCGACCUCCCAGACGGCCAAUUCUACGCAGUUAUGGACUGCUUCUGCGAGAAGACGUGGUCCCACACCCCACAGUACAAGAUCGGCUACUGCCAGCAGUGCCCCGACCGGGUCCAGUGGCCGGAGGCCGAGCUGGGCCCACGGCCCGCCCUAUACUUCAAUGCUGGCAUGUUCGUGUUCGAGCCAAGCCUCCCCACCUACCAUGACCUCCUCAAGACCCUCCAGGUCACCCCUCCGACACCCUUCGCGGAGCAGGACUUCCUAAACAUGUACUUCAGGGACAUCUACUGUCCUAUCCCCCCAAUCUACAACCUCGUACUGGCCAUGUUGUGGAGACAUCCCAAGAACAUCCACCUUGACCACGUCAAGGUUGUGCACUACUGCACUGCCGGGUCGAAGCCGUGGAGGUACACCGGGAAGGAGGAGAACAUGGACCGCGAGGACAUUAAGAUGCUAGUGGAGAAGUGGUGGGAUAUCUACAAUGACGAGUCCAUGGACUACAAGAACUUUGUGGCAACGGCAGUGAACACCGAGCCCGUGGACUUGCGGUGGUUCCUAGCAGCCCUACCGGAGGCUGGUACCGUUCAUUACAUCACCGCCCCAUCAGCCGCCUAGUUCAUCAGGUUCUGGUCAGGUUCCCAGACGAAUAGAAGUAUACAGUGUUUAUCAUGGCAUAUAGUGUUACAUUGAAUUGCUUUGUUCCUUCGGCUGGGAUUUCUUUUUCCCCUUUUUCUUUUUUGUCUUUCUUUUUUUGUCGAAUUUGGAAGACAAAAGCAAAGACGUGUUUUUAUUUUUAUUAUUUAUAUUUCGCGAUUUCUCUCACUUGAUGUAAAGGCUCUUAACCGACAUGUAAUCCAAGUAUAUAUUAAUUUUGUGAAUCUAAAAUGUACACACAUAUGUAUAAAAAAAAGUCACUUCUCACCA